AUGAAAUCCUGGCAAGGGAUUGGACCAGUGGCAUACAGGCUGGCACUUCCCCCAUCUUUAGUCGAUGUUCAUGAUGUAUUUUACAAAUUUAUGUUGAGGAAGUACAUUGCGGAUCCGGCCCACGUGUUGACCCAAGAAUUACCUGAACUCCCCGAGGACCUGACUUACGUCGAGAAGCCUGUGAAGAUUCUUGAGAGGAAUGAGCAUAAUCUUCGAAAUCGUGUCGUCUCUUAUGUUAAGGUACGAUGGAGAAACCAUUCUAACGAGGAGGCAUCUUGGGAGCGCGAGAGCGAGAUUCGAGCAACGCAUCCCCAUCUAUUCAACAUGACAG